AUGGCCCGCCUGCUGCUGCCGGUCCUGCUGGGGCACGUGGCGGCGCUGGGCCCUUCGCUGGCGGGGCCGGCGGCCGCCCGGGUCGAGGUGCUGGCGCUGCGGGAGCCGGAGGAGGCCGAGCCGCGCUCCCCGGCCGCCGGGGGCUACACGCUCCAGGGGGCGCUGCUGGGGGGCCGCCUGGACCCGGGCCCGGAGCGGGGCCCGCCGCCGCGGGAGGAGGCGAUAGAGGGGAGCCUGCUCCUGAUGGGAGAUGCCGAGCCUGAGCUGGAGGGAGAGGACAGCUGGAUUGCGGUGGUCCCGGUGCGGGAGGAGCAUGCGGAGAUCCCGAGGGGCAGCAAGGAGGAGUCCUUCACCGUAGCCGUGGUCAACAAGAUGAAGCGAGCCCUAGUUCUGGGAGCAUCAGCCCUGCUCAUUCUCGCGCUGAAUCAGAACACGAUCCGAGAGAUGGAUGUGUCCCAGGUGCUCUCCAAGCCCGUGAUUGUGAUCCAGACCUCAGACAAUGUCACCCGGCUUCUCGGGGCUCUGCUACGGGGGCUCCGGGUGACGGCCAAGAUCACGUACCAAGCGAUGCUGCUGGAGAACCUGGGAGUGACUCUCACCCUGUGGUCGACCUGCGGCCUGUCCCGGGGUGGGCUGUAUGGAGAGUGGCAAGGAGUUAUCUGCACAGGCGAGAACAGCUCGCGGGUCCAGAAGUACCUUCAGCAGCUGUGGAACACCAUCCUGAUCAUCGCCCUGAUCCUGUGCACGGGUGUGAUUGUGCAGGCCCAGCGGCAGUCCCGGCAGGGCCAGCAAGACCAGGACACCGAGCUGGACCUCAAGCAGCACAUCCUGCGGAGGCUGUCGGCACUGAAGACCCGGCGCUACCACCCUGGCAAACACCCCUGGAGCCAGGCCCGUGACAUUGAUAGCUGUGCUGUCUGCUUGGACCAGUUCCACAAGAACCAGUGUUUGCGGGUGUUGCCGUGUUCACACGAGUUUCACCGGGAUUGCGUGGAUCCGUGGCUGCUCCUGCAACAGACCUGCCCUUUGUGCAAGCACAACAUCCUGGGUAACUGCUGCGGUGAGAGCUAG